AUGGAGAAUACAAGUCAACCUAUGAAAGUCAGGGAAGCUGACUUGGGUGAUGUUAGGAUGACUGCAGCCCCUGCAACUGGAGUUAGUGGCAGUGAAAAUGUAGAAGAUCAACCCGUAGCUAUAGGUCCUCCUACUGUUGAUGAUCCUAGGAAGAAUGCAUAUGAAAAGAAGCAAAGACCGUUGACAACGGAUCUUAAUGCUUCAGUGACUGAUGAGCAGCCUUCUAAAUGUCCAAGAAUCCUUCCUGAAGAAAUUGAUACCACCUCUUUGCAACGUGAUCCAGGAAAACGGCCGCAAAUAUGGGAAUUUCCUGUAACCUUACAAGAUGAAAUGCGACGUGCUUAUCUUAGAGUUGGCCCGUGUCAACCUAUUCUUAAACCUACAGAAUAUCUAGCUUCAGGACCUGAGAAUCAUUGUUGUCGAUUUCAGGCUUCUUGGUUUCAGAGAUACUCAACUUGGUUGGAGUAUUCGGAAUCAAAGGAUGCCAUCUUUUGUCAUCCAUGUUACAUUUUUGCUAAGAAAUCAACUGACCGUUUGGGAUUAGAUGCAUUUACAGUGAAAGGUUUUAAGAAUUGGAAAUCGGUGAAUGAUCUCAAAACCUCAAUAGAUAGUGUUCGAUGGCUAGCAUUUCAAGCAUGUGCAUUUAGAAGUCAUGAUGAAAGCUCCGACUCAAAAAAUCAAGGUAACUUCAUUGAAUUGAUGAAGUUUUUAGCAACUUUUAAUGAUAAAGUUGAUGGAGUUGUGUUGACAAAUGCUCCACGGAAUGGCAAAUAUACGUCACCCCAAAUUCAAAAAGAAAUUUUGCAUAUCUUCGCAACUAAAGUGCAAUAUGUGAUUUGCAAAAAAAUUGGAGAUGCCAAAUUUUGCGUUCUUGUUGAUGAAGCUCUUGAUGAGUCAAAAAGGGAGCAAAUGGCAAUCAUUUUGAGAUUUGUUGAUAAAGAUGAUUUUAUUCAAGAUAGAUUCUUUCAUAUUGUUUAUGUCAAAGAUACUAUUACAUUAACUUUAAAAAAGAAGAUAUGUGAUGACCUUUCUUGUAACAACCUCAAAAUUCAGAAUAUUCCAGUUCUCGACACUAUCUCAAAUGAGGGAACCAACUAUUCUCAACGCGGUGAUGCUGAAGCGGCUUAUAUGGUAUUAACAUCAUUUGAAUUUGUUUUGUUCUUACAUUUGAUGAAAAAGAUUAUGGGAUUUACUAAUUGUCUUUGUCAAGCUUUGCAACAAAAUUCUCAAGACAUUUUAAAUGCCAUGAGUGUAGUUUCAACUACAAAAUCACUUCUUCAGAAUUUGAGAAAUGAAGAGUGGGAGCCUUUCCUUGAAAUUGUUAAAUCAUUUUGUGAAAAAAAUAAAAUUGAUGUUCCUGAUAUGAAUGCUCGUUACACUAGAGCUCGAGGUAGAUCAUGUCCCCAAAAUGAAGAAUCUUCCAUGACAAUGGAGCAUCAUUUUAGAAUUGAUGUAUUUAUUGCUGUAAUAGAUUUCCAAUUGCAAGAAAUUGAUAAUAGAUUUAGUAAGCAUGCAAUGGAACUUCUUAGUCUUAGUACCGCUUUAAGCCCUCAAGAUGCAUACAAAUCAUUUAAGAUCGAUGAUAUAUGCAGCUUAGUUGAGAAGUUCUAUCCUCAAGAUUUUACUAAGCAAGAGAAAAUCAUUUUGAGAUUUCAAUUGGACCAUUAUAAGCUUGAUGUGCCAAAACAUUCAGAUUUUUAG